UUAGGGGCAAGAACAACGCCUGACGUCGAUAGAGGCGUUCUUCAGAGUGCAAUUCUCGUACUGAAGGAAAGACUGCACCACACCGUGUCUGCGUAUACCUCCGCCAACAUGUUUGCGUUGAAAUCGAACUUGGAAAAGGAAAGAUUAGCAGCUCCGAUUGCUGCCGAAGAGAAAGAAUUUGAUGAUGAUUCGUUAUCGUCCAAUGAGUUUACGGCUCAAUCAAUGUAUGGCGAUUCAUUCUCUGUAUUAUGUGAACUGUUUGAAGCACAACAGCUUUGUGAUAUCCACCUUCGUAUAGGGAAAAAAUCCAUUAAGUGUCAUCGAAUAAUUUUAGCGAGUGCUAGUCCAUACUUCCGGGCAAUGUUGACACUAGAGAUGUCGGAAAGCCAUGCAUGCCUUAGUCAAGUUUAUGUAUACAUCAAAAAUUAA